AUGGGUCAUUGUUACAGCCGGAACAUUUCCACCGUCGAGGAUGACGACGGCGAAAUCCCCGCCGGAACCGCCCAGUUUCCAAAUCGGAACGAUAACAACCACCAGAACUCAAUUCCGGAGUCUCCGGCUGCGUCUGGCUCUUCCUCCGAAGUCAACCCUUACAACAUUAGUCCAUUUCAAAGCCCGUUGCCGGCAGGAGUAGCUCCAUCUCCGGCGAGAACGCCGGGAAGAAAGUUUAAAUGGCCUUUCCCGCCUCCUUCACCUGCGAAACCGAUUAUGGCGGCUCUGAGACGGCGGAGAGGUACGGCACCGCAGCCUCGUGACGGUCCGAUCCCUGAGGAUAGUGAGGAAGUCGAUCACGGGAGAGCCAGCGGAAGCGGAGGCGGCGGAGUCGGGGAGAGGUUGGAUAAGAAUUUCGGAUUCGCGAAGAACUUCGAAGGGAAGUACGAGCUCGGGAAAGAGGUUGGGCGAGGGCAUUUUGGUCAUACUUGCUGGGCCAAAGCGAAGAAAGGGAAGAUCAAAGGUCAAACCGUAGCAGUCAAAAUCAUCUCUAAAGCUAAGAUGACAUCGGCUCUGUCGAUAGAAGAUGUUCGUAGAGAGGUGAAAUUGCUGAAGGCUCUGUCUGGACAUAUGCAUAUGGUUAAAUUCUACGAUGUUUUUGAGGACGCCGAUAAUGUCUUUCUUGUUAUGGAGUUAUGUGAAGGUGGAGAGCUAUUGGACAGAAUUUUGGCAAGAGGAGGUCGAUACACGGAAGCAGAUGCUAAACGUAUUCUUGUGCAGAUUUUAUCUGCUACUGCAUUUUUUCAUCUUCAAGGUGUUGUGCACCGUGAUCUAAAGCCAGAGAACUUUCUCUUCACCAGCAAAAACGAGGAUUCAAUACUCAAAGUCAUAGAUUUUGGCUUGUCUGACUACUCUAGAUUCGAUCAGCGUCUCAACGAUGUGGUAGGGAGUGCAUACUAUGUUGCACCUGAAGUACUCCACAGAUCUUACAGCACUGAAGCAGAUAUAUGGAGCAUUGGUGUCAUAUCUUACAUAUUGCUAUGUGGAAGCAGACCUUUUUAUGGACGGACCGAGUCUGCGAUUUUCCGCUGUGUGCUUAGAGCGAACCCGAAUUUCGAAGAUUUGCCGUGGCCUUCCAUAUCUCCUAUUGCCAAGGACUUUGUGAAACGGCUUCUGAACAAAGACCAUAGGAAAAGAAUGACAGCUGCUCAGGCUUUAGCUCAUCCAUGGCUUCGAGAUGAGAACCCUGGUUUGCUUCUGGAUUUCUCCAUCUACAAAUUGGUCAAGUCUUAUAUUCGUGCAUCUCCUUUCAGACGAGCAGCACUUAAGUCUCUAUCUAAAGCUAUACCCGAAGAGGAACUUGUGUUCUUGAAAGCACAGUUCAUGCUCAUGGAUCCAGAAGAUGGAGGCUUGUAUCUUCACAAUUUCACAACGGCUUUGACAAGAUAUGCUACAGAUGCUAUGAUCGAAUCUAGACUUCCUGAAAUUUUAAACAUGAUGCAACCCUUAGCACAUAGGAAACUCGAUUUUGAAGAGUUCUGUGCGGCUGCGGUUAGCGUUUAUCAACUAGAGGCUCUUGAAGAAUGGGAACAGAUCGCAACUAUAGCAUUUGACCACUUCGAACGUGAAGGAAGUCGAGCCAUUACAGUCCAAGAACUCGCCGAGGAGAUGAGUUUGGGACCAAAUACGUAUCCUCUGCUCAAGGAUUGGAUCCGGAGUUUGGAUGGGAAGCUGAAUUUCUUGGGGUAUGCCAAGUUCUUGCAUGGUGUGACUGUUCGAAGCUCGAGCUCGAGACCUACUAGGUGA